UAUUAUUAUAUUGUUCGUGCGGUAGCCCCGAUUAAGAAAAAAAAAAUAAUGAUAUUGUUGUCUCGUUGUCGCGUCGAUCAUCGGUGCGUCAUACGUCGGGUGUAGCCGUGGAUUUCGUUCUUGUCGUGUUUCGUUUAAAUGAUACCGCUGCUGUCGUGCUUGCACCAUUAUCGUCGACAACAACAACAACAACGACCACAACGUCGGCGACCAGACAGCACGGACUCCUUCGAACGUCGUCAGGAGAUUGCAGUGACCGCCGUUGUACCAAAUAAUUGAUAAUAACAACCCGUCGCCGUAGACUCGUAGACAUUGUUGUCGUUAUUGCCAUUGACCGUACGACAGGCAUUUUCGCGUGUGUGUAGCUUCGGUGCGGUGCGCGGCGCCAGUGACGUCGUCUUUCAACAGUAACUACCGCUCGGCUCGCGCCGAUAUUUCAUACUUCGUCACCGCCAACUCGAGAACUUGACCAUUUAUUGUUAUCCGCACGRUUUUUGUGCGUUUUUAUGUAGUAAUUAUCUUCUACCCCCUGUAUGUCAGGUGUCCCGAGCGUUCUUGAUAUCGUGUCUGGUCCUGGUCUCGUCUUCGGGCCUAAUGUCGACAUCACUACGAUUGUUGCGCAAACGUCGUACGGGAAACGAAGGUUUUCAUCGUUCGUCUUGUGACAGUCGCUAGAAAGUGUACGACCAUCUCGCAGAUGUUCRUUGCUGUACCCGUUGACCGAUCUGCCGUAGAAAAGUCAUCCGUGGUUCGGACAAUGUGCAAAUUGUUGCACGUCUGUUGAUGCUAGUAACGGUAACACACUGUUGAAAACAUUACCCUUCAAACACGAACAAAAAUGAAUUUGCGACACAUAUUGUUAUAGCGAAUAUAAAAGAGUCUAAAAGGAGAUGGCAAGAUUGAGCAGUGCAAAUGUAAAACUUGUAUUCUUCUUGUUGACUGCUUUAUUUCCUGUCACCUUAGCUAAAGAUACUUCUCGUUAUGAUACUGUAUAUGCCUGUGAAGGAAAACCUCUUAAAUUGGAAUGUAAAGAUGGUGAAAUCAUUCAUUUGGAUAGGGCUAUAUAUGGUAGAUAUUCUAUUACCGUUUGCAAUGAUCAYGGUAAUACAGACUGGAGUGUCAAUUGCAUGUCCACAAAUACUUUACCACUACUGCAAGCCAGAUGCAAUGAAAAAAGAAAUUGCAGCAUACAAGCAAACACAAGUUUAUUUUCUGAUCCAUGCCCCGGUACUAUGAAGUAUCUUGAGGCACAAUAUCGUUGUGUUCCUGCAUCACUGUCAACUACAACACUCAGACCAAAUCCUCCUUGGUUAAUAACAUCACAACCUAGUGUUUGGAAUGCAGAUAAAUUAUUGACCCUAAAACCGGCUACACCAAUCCCACCAAUUUUGUCAUCACCUCAAUUAGAUGAUAUUGUCGGAUCUAAUGUAGAAGAAGAGCCUGUAUCAGUUUCUGUGACUACUACAAGUACAAGUACAACUGCUACACCAGAAGUUUCUAUUGUUGUUAAUAAUUAUAAAGAAAAUAAUUCAAAGACUGAUAAUGAACAACACUUACAAUCAACAGGCGCAAUAACGACUGAAUGGAUUGUACCUACCAGUGAUUUACCACCACAGUUAAGCAUAAUUGAUGUUGAAGGAAUGGAUGAUAGAUUAUCGUUGUCAUGUGCUCCUGAAACAUCAAGAAGUUUAUUUUGGAAUUGGACUAAAUCAGGAGAAGAAGCUGUACAACCAUGCCCUGGUGGUGCUGCUGGUCUUGCUAGAUGGAGAUGUCAGACUUAUAUUAAAGGUGUAACAUUUAGAUCACCUCCUACACCAGAUCUUUCAGAGUGUCGUUCAGUAUGGUUAUCAAGUUUAGAAAGUAGACUUCAUCAGGGAGAUUCUAUUAUCAGUAUUGCAAAUGAUUUAUCUCAGUUUGAUUGUUUUCAUUUAUAUGCUACAUUAAUUGAAGCAUUUGACUCUGAAAAAUUGCAAAUGCGUUUAUAUUAUUUAGUCGGUUAUGGAGUUCCAUUGACAAUUGUUAUUGUAGCUUGUUAUAUGGAUAACACUUAUAUCUACAACUCAAAUAAUUCUUUCUGCUUGCAAGCAAAUACUAUUAUUAUUUAUAGUAUAAUGUUUGUAGUUUUAGUAAAUCUAGUCUUUCUAUGUCUAUCAUUAUAUAUUAUUAAAAGUAAUUCUUCCUUGAUGUCAGUCAAAUGUAAAGAAAAUGUUAAGAUAACAUCUUUAAAGAUGUGGUUGAAAAGUGCUAUUUUAUUAUUUGUUUUCAUAACAUCGACGUGGACAUUAGCAUUUCUAUACAUAGCUUCAUAUUCAACAUUCAUGUUGUAUAUAUUUUCCGCAGUAAAUUGUUCACAGGGAUUGUUAAUAAUAAUACUUUAUUGUAUUAAAAAUAAUUCGGUGUAUAAAGUUUUUUCUGAGUUAACAAUAAUUUCGUUUUUACCUUGGCAAUGCUGCUUAAUAAAUUCUACACCAGAAUUGAAUCUUAAUUAUAAAAAUCAAAGAACUAGUUUGUAUGGCACAUCAGUUGGCCAAAACAGUCAAGGAAGUAUAGCAGAAUCUUCAACACCAAGAUCUUUAUCUUCUCAUAGAAUGAAUACAUUUCACCAACCUCACGAGCGACAUGCUGUGACAAAAGUUGUUGAUAUCCAAAAUGAAAUGGACCUGCCAAAUUUGGAAAGUUCGAUAUGUCAUGAAGAUCCAAAAUCUGGAAUAUGUGGUGCUACGUUACCCUACUCCCGUUCUUGUCAAAAGAGUUAUUCUCGCACUAAAUUGCCUAAGAAUUCUGCUGUAUUCAGUAGUGGCACCCUUCAUAAACAGUCAUCUCAGAGCAAACCUAACAUUCAAGAUAACUGUUUUACGCUAAACAAACCUACUUAUGUACAUAGCAGUCGUGGUGCACCCAACAUAUGUUCACUUCGGUGCAAUACUAUUGGUGAUGGUUUUGUUGACAACAAUUGUUCAUCAAAAAAAUACAUUGGGGCAAGCGGUGUACGAGCUACUAGUCCAUGGAAUCACACAUACUCAGAAAUUAUGGGUGGUAUAUCCGCAUCCGCCGGACUAGAUGAUCCAGUGUAUGAAGAGAUAGAACGGGAACGUGAACGAGAGCGAGAACAAGCUGCUCUUGUAUCAGAUUUGAGCGAUGAAGAUGGUCGACGAAACAGUGAUAUGAGUCGCCAGUCAUCGAAGAGCUAUGGUGACCAUAGGCCACUUAUUAUGGCUCCUUCACAAAACCCAGAAACUCAUAAUUUCCAUACAGCUCUCAACGCUGCAUUUAAGCAACAACUUAAAGAACAAACAGCUAGGACAAUAGCCGUAUUGGACGGGCAAACCGUUGUGUGUCAUUUGCAACCCAAGCAAAAUGAUGUAUUUAAUUCUCAGACUAUUCAACAUUAUUCAUAYGAAUGUUGAUUGCCUAUAUUAGAGGGUACCUAUUAAUGAUUUCUAUUAUAUAUAAAUUAACUUUUCAACUGCUUAACCUUAAACAUGACUCCAUAAAAGUUACAUUAAAAUUAAAUAUGUAUGUAUUUAACUCAAAAUUUAAUUAAGUAAUAAUUGAUAAACAUAACUUAAUUUUGUUCGAUGAUUAUUUCGUCUCUAGUUGGUAUUGAUACAUGAACAAUUUCGUUAUUUAAAAUUUAUUUACAAAUGAGAAGAAAUACUUAAAAUCUAUUUGAACUUUUUAAAAUUUUUAGCUAUACCUAUUCAGACUACAGUUUAAAAUAACAUGAAGCAUUUUAGGUAGUUCAGUCGAAUUUUUUGUUCCAAAAUUCUUGUAUUAAUUUAAAUGUUGAUAUUCCAACAUGAAUUAGCCUUAAAAUAUCUCUUAAAUAUCCAAUAAAUUUGAUUUAAAAUAAACUAAUUCUAAACUGAACUAUUUAAAUUAUUUGUAGUACCUAUUAAAAUGUUAUAAGAGGAAUUAUUUAAAUGAAUCUGAUGGAAUAUCGUCUAGUCCUAUGAACGAAAGCAAUAAAUUUAGAUAUUAUUUAAUGACAUAAUUGAUAUUAAAUCAUGCAAUAACUUAAACUGCUAUAUGUAAUAAGUAUUAAUUAAUUUUAGUUUUUGAUUAGAAAAUAUUCCAUUGACAUACAAAAUUGAUAUUAUUUUUAAUUAUUCUAAUACUAAUAGUGAAUACUGUUUUAUGAAUUUGUAUAAUCGGUGUCUCAAAGGUAAAAUUACUA